AUGGAUGCUUUCAAAGAUAUAGCCACUCCAAUGGGAUCAGGGACAUAUCUUGAUCAGGACGAAUCCGGAACUCCAAAUGAUAUCACUAAGUAUCGAGGUAUGAUCGGUUCCUUGUUAUAUCUAACGGCUAGUCGACCCGAUGUUAUGUUUAGUGUAUGUUUAUGUGCUCGAUUUCAAGCAUCUCCAAAGGAAUCUCAUCUCACUGAUGUAAAAAGAAUAAUGAAGUAUCUCAAAGAAACAUCCAAUGUUGGCUUAUGGUACCCCAAAGGUAGUAUAUAUAGUCUUGUUGGUUUCUCUGAUGCAGAUUAUGUAGGAUACAAAACAGACAUAAAAAGCACGAGUGGAACAUGUCACAUUUUUGGAAAUGCUCUAGUUUCGUGGUCAUGUAAAAAGCAAGUAAGUGUGGCUCUCAGCACCGCUGAAGCAGAAUAUAUCACUGCUGGUAGCUGUUGUGCUCAAAUUCUUUGGUUAAAGCAACAACUUCUCGACUAUGGUGUAAACUUGGGAAGCAUCUCUCUCAAAUGCGACAAGACAAGUGCAAUCAAUAUUUCAAAGAGUCCGAUAAUAAACUCAAGAACCAAACAUAUCAAUAUACGUCAUCACUUCCUAAGGGAUCAUGUUCUCAAAGGCGACAUUGAAAUAUCCUUCAUUGAUACCCAAAAUCAACUAGCAGAUAUCUUCACUAAGCCAUUGGCAAGAGAUGCAUUUUAUAAAAUCAGAAGGGAUCUUGGUAUUCUAAGCGGAAGUGACAUCUAA